AGAAAGAUGAGUUUUUUGGAAAAGUGGGAUGCUGGUUGAAAACACUGACAGGAGAGAUUGAUGGUGCUCCAUUAUAGCUGUAAAAGAGGUGUCGGGCUGUGGGAGUUAACCCUGGUCAUGCUGGUGUUGGUGAACCUUGCCGCAGAAGGAGCAAGAAGGCAUAGGAAACCUCCGGUCUGGCUCAACCCCUAUAAGACCAAUGACUACUGGAAAGGUAAAAACCGUGGUAGCCACGAACCUCAUGAAAGAAACCAUGUCAGUCUGACUGGUCGAGGGCAGAGAGCGAGCCCUCGUCCUCUUCGAAGGCUAAGGAUGCAAGUUAUGAUCACUUGGAAUCACAUCAACAGCUUUCCGUCCCUCUCGAAAAUCAUCUGCAACAAGGUUUCUUCUUUGGGUCCGAUCAUCAGAUAUGAUUGGCUGCCGUCUAAUCAGUCCUUUUGGUACAGAAAACAUGUAAAAUGCAUGGAUAAAAAGAGUAAGGUCACUAUGCUUCUGCCAAAGUUACAGGAUGGACUGCAAAGAUUUUCCGCCUCUUUCGACAAGUUGAAAUCUUACAGAAGCGGGCUGGGCCUCACUUUUGAAUGCAGAACACGACGGCAGAAAGUUUUGGACGAAAUUUCUGCCAAGCUUAAUCAGCUUCUCUAUGAAGUGGAGAAGACGAUGGUCGAUUUGAAAAUGCAGAACGAAAUGGCCUGGCUUGACGAGGAGGUGGCAGACAGCUUCAUGCCCGACUACGGCAAAGACAUGACGACAACGCAGCUCUACGAUUGGGGAAUCAUUUCUUCCUACGAGAUAUACAUCGCCGAGUGGCAGAAAAUCAUCAGGCAGGUCGUCGGUCCGAAAGGGAACGCCAAAUGCGACAGAAACCAUCACAAUAAACUCAAACUACCUUUAAACUGAUUUCAUUUAUUAAAACGGAUUCGCCAAAACUCAAUACAAGAUGGUCUGAUUAUUUUAUUUAUUACUUAAUCUCUAUGUAAGGCAUUGGUUGAGAUAAAAAAGUCAGUGCCACG